GGGAAUUUUGACAGCAAUUUAGCCAAGAACACAAACAACAGGCAUUUUUGGCAGCUUUGAUGCUGUACAACAAACACAAUUUGCUUUGGUUGUUGUAUAUGUUUUUUUUGCACUAUCGUCUCUUUAUUAAUACACGUUGCGAACAAGUAAAUUUUUUCUACACACAUUUUUUUGCUGUGAAUGAAGUUGGUGUUUUUUAUGAAAAAUUUACACAAGAAAAUUUUUACAUAAAAUAUUUAAUCGCUAUAAAAUAUAGUAAAGAAAUAGUGUGAAAACAACAAAUAUAGUAAUUUUAAAAUUAAAAUAUCUAAAUAUUUUUAUUAGUAAUAAAAAUCAGUUUGAAAUAAAGAAAGAACAAGCAUAACACCACCACAAUACGGCAAGCAGCACGCGUCUAUAUUUGCAAUAUUAAAAGAAGCUGUUGAAAUUCAUUCGCUUAUUAAAAAAAUAAUAUAUAGUACUGCGUUUGGAAAUGGCACAACAUAAUAACAUUUCUGCCUUGGCAGACGAAUUGUCAAAAGCUGUCGAGCUAAUCAUGCAUCCACAGACUACCCAACAGGCUCGUAUGGAGGCAUACAUGGCAUGCGAAAGAUUCAAGGAAGAAAGUCCUCUUUGUGCCCAGGUUGGUUUAUUUCUUGCCAGUGGUCAAUAUACGCAAAACGUAAAACAUUUUGGUCUCCAGUUAAUGGAGUAUACCAUUAAAUUUAAAUGGAAUUGUAUAUCACAAGAAGAAAAACUAUUCAUUAAAGAGCACGCUAUGAAACUACUAUUAAUGGGUGUGGGUCCGGCGGAAGAUCGAUCACUUUCACAUCUAAAAGACGCAGUGUCUCGUAUAAUCGUGGAAAUGAUUAAACGAGAAUGGCCACAACAGUGGACCACUUUGUUAUCUGAAUUGUCGGAUGCCUGCACAAAAGGAGAAGCUCAAACAGAGUUAGUUCUGUUGGUAUUUUUGCGUCUUGUAGAAGAUGUUGCGCUUUUGCAAACUAUUGAAUCUAAUCAAAGACGAAAAGAUAUGUACCAGGCCUUGACCAAUAACAUGAAUGAUAUAUUUGAGUUUUUCUUGCGUCUCGUGGAAUUGCAUGUGACAUCAUUUCGUGAGGCCACUGGUCAGGGUAAUUUUCAAAAAGCGAACGCCCACAGUCGAGUCGUGGAAGUUGUCUUAUUAACAUUGACUGGAUUUGUAGAAUGGGUGUCUAUAAAUCACAUUACUUGUAAUAAUGGCAAACUUUUGCAAAUUUUGUGCAUUCUCUUGAACGAUAAAGCAUUCCAGUGUAAUGCGGCUGAAUGCCUCUCACAAAUAACAAAUCGCAAAGGUCAGGUGAAAGAACGUAAACCUUUGUUGUUGCUUUUUGGAGAAGAACCAAUGCGUUAUAUAUUCUCAGCUUCACAAAUGAUACCCGCAGACAGCAACGUUACUAAUUUAGAACAAAAUCAUCAAUUCCUAAAAAAGUUAGUUCAAGUUCUUAGCGGCAUGGCGCAACAAUUGGUGUUGCUAUGGGGCAAAGAAGAAGGAACAAUUCAGAGACCUCCACACCUAGAGAUAUUCCUAGAGUGUUUAUUGUAUUUGGUACGUCAUGCUUCUCUUAACGUGGCCCAUGGUGCUGCUUUAAUAUGGAAUGUUCUAUUGAAACAUGACGCCAUCUCAAAGGAUCCCAGUUUAGUUUCCUACAUUCCAAAAAUAAUUGAUGCAGUAGCUCCACGCAUCAUUAAGACUCCUUAUCCGACAGCCCGCUGUUUAACUGGUGGAGGCCCAAACGUUGGUUCCACAGCUUCAUACAUUUGCCUGGAGUAUGACUCUGAGGAAGAAUUUGCUGUUUUCUUUUAUAGAUGUCGCACAGAUUUCUUAGAAAUAUUCAGACAAUCCACCUUAGUACAACCGUUGGUGACGUUUGCCUACUGUGAACAGUGGCUAAAUCUUCGUUUGGCAAAGGCCCAUUCGGAACGUGGUAAUGUGCAGUGCAGUGUUUUGGAUCCCAGCUAUUUGGAAUGGGAAGCCUUAGUUUCUGUACUUGAUGGCGUUCUUAGUCGCGUUUUAAUGGUAGCCGAACGUCCUUCAGUGCCGGCUGGUCUACGAUUGCUGGAAGACUGCUUGAAGCUGGAAACUGACAACCCAUUAACUCUAUCUAUUCUUCUGUCAUGCAUUUCAGCUCUCUUUGUGUUCCUAAGCAUGUCAUCGUGCCAAAUUACACCUAACAAUUGUGUGGCCAUGAGUGGUGUGUCGUUGCUGCCAAGAGUUUUAGAAAAAAUUUUCAAUGCUUUAAUAUUCCGAGAUCCAAACGAUCCAAAUCCAUCGCAUCAACAUCCUCUGACACCAAGAGUUCAAGCCUGUAAAAAUCUUCGUCGACACGCUGCUUCUCUUAUAGUGAAACUGGGCCAUAAAUAUCCUCUGCUAUUGUUACCCGUUUUCGAUCAAAUCAAUUCUCACGUUAAGUCGCUGUUUCAACAGUCGCAACAUCCCAUUAGUAAAAUGGAUCGCGUUACUCUGCAGGAGUCUUUAUUGCUGAUCUCAAACCACUUCUGUGACUACGGACGGCAGUAUGCAUUUAUAGGAGAGAUAAUGCGCGAUAGCUUGCCACAUUGGUCAGCUUUUUCGCAUGCUUUUAAGUCGGCAUUGGACUUUAUGCAUUUCGUUGGUUUAGACCAGUCUCCUGUAUUCCCCAUUGAAAAUGAUCCAUGUUGUCCUCAUCGUAGUACACUUAUAGAUGCAUUGUAUAUUGUUUUGGGUGUGAUUAAACGUUGCACCUGGCCCGAUGAUCCAGAUCGAGCAUCAAGAGGUGGUUUUGUGGUCGGCUUUACCGAACUAGGCAAUCCUAUAUGUCGUAAUCCGGCUUCGCCACAUGUCAUACCACUGUUACCACAUAUCCUGUCGCUUUUGCGAGUAUUGAAUGAACUGUUUAAACCGGAGGCAAUUGCUGGACUUUCUGAAGGUUAUCGCAAUAUACACUCUAUGCUGGAACACGAAAAGAAAGUACUAAUGGGUGUCUGUGCAGUUCCAGCAGACCCCUUGGAUCCUUCCGUUAAGAAACCACCAACACCAUUCGAUAAAAUGCAGCAAUUUAUGACUCUUGUAUACGAAGGUUGUUAUCAUAUGAUGGGCUCGGCAGGUCCGUCACUUGGUCGUGAUCUCUAUCAGCUUGAGGGCGUGGCAGAUGCACUAAUAAAUAGCGCCUUUACAUGUUUGGAUGAUUUGCCAGAUUAUCGAGUACGCCCUAUUGUGCGAGUGUUUUUAAAGCCGUUUGUUUACUCCUGCCCUCCGGCAUUUUACGACACUGUCUUAUUGCCCAUAUUUGCCCAUAUAUCACCGAUUAUGUUUAAUCGCUUAACUACCCGCUGGGUUUACAUAACAUCCCUGUAUGAGUCGGGUCAACUUAACGACGAAGAACAAUCGAACGACACCCAAGAAGUACUAGAAGAUAUGCUUAAUCGUUCGCUGACCCGUGAAUAUUUAGAUGUUCUCAAGGUAGCGUUAGUGGGAGGACAAAUUGGACAGGAUAAUAGUGCUGCCAACAAUGCCACAGCCACUUCAAACCUGCCAUCAGAUGUGACAAUGGAUGCUGAAGAACAUUCCAUGGAUGGUGUAGCUCACACCAGAGCUGCCCAAGCUGCAUUGCUUUCUGACAUCAUCAGUGAUUUAGGUGCUAAGCUAUUGCGUAACCCAGCCACUAGCAACUACAUAUUAAUGACACUACUCGGUGCUUUAUCUUGGAACGAUGGUACUUGCAAUCUUAAAGCGGUAAACGUUUCUGCUCCAGUCAUGCGUUUCUUAGCAGCCGAACAGUUAAUGGAUUCCAGCAAGGCCGUAGCAGCUUUUACAGCCGUUUUACGUGGUCUCCAAGUGCAUGGACAACAUGAAGCCAAUCAAGCUGGUCUCAUUACCUUAGGUGUUCAGUUCUAUGAACUUUUACGUCCCAAAUUCCCAACUCUUUCGGAAGUACUGCAAAGUAUUCCCAAUGUUUCGUCGGCCGAUGUGCAAAAGUUCGAUGAAAAAAUUGCCGUUGCACCCGUCAAGGGUAAUAAGGUGGAUAAGGCUAAAAAGGAUUUAUUUAAAAAACUGACAGCACCUCUUAUUGGUCGCAGCAUUAAUCAACUAUUUCGUCAUGAAAUCAAAAUAGCAAAUUUGCCACCGAUGUCAUCACAUAAAUUGAAAAAUCCUUCGGCCGACUUUAUCGACACAAAUCAAAAUUCUGGUCUUACCAAUCUAUUCCAGGCACCAAAUGAUAAGUGACAUCCAUUGUAAAAUAUAUAAAAAUUAUAUAUAUUUAAUAAAAAAAUCAUUUUGAUAUUAAAAAUAUGUAUUGUACUAAAUAUGUAUAUGUAUAUCAAGCGUAAUAUAUAUCAGAUGUAUUGUUGAGGCAACACCUAAUUCGAAUAGUCUAUUAUAACGAAAUUAUGAACUUGCAACAAACUACAACAAACAAACAAACAAAAUCUUAAAAUUCCUGAGUAAAACUCUUAACUAAGAAAAGUAUCACUGUACUUUUCCUUCUAGCUGUACUGAUU